CGCUGCAGAGGAAACUGCUAAUAUGCACAAUAAAGUCGAAAGAGAGGCUGGGGAAAUAGGAGGCAGCGCGCAUGAAGUGGAGACAGCAUUACCGCUCGGAGCUUUUCCACAGCGCAGUCAGAAAUUCUUAAUGGAGAAGAGCUUCAAAUAUCCAUAAACCUCCCCAAACUCCUGACAUCCUCUUCUGAGGAAAUUCUUCUGCAAGUCAAAACCUGUGGAGGUUCCUGGUCGUGCAAUGCUGUGGCAGUGGUUUAACUGGUAAAUAUGAACGGUAAAAUGCUUAAUACAACUAGCCACAGUCAGUAUUCUCUCAAGAGCCGUGUCUAAUAAAUAUACGGGGUGGGCCAUAAGUUUCCAUUCGCAGGAAAAAUAAACAUUUUAUGUUGGACAACCGUUUUUAUUUAUAUAAUGUGCUCUAUAUGAUUGCCAUUGUUUCGAAAACACAUAUUAAUACGUGUUUUCCACUGCUGAUGAACUUGCAUUAGCACAGUUGAAGUUCUGCUUGUAAUGGUGUUGGUGAUACGUUCCUGGAGAUGAUUUAUGUCUCGUAUCUUCACCUGAUACUCCAUGGCCUUCAAGUGCCCCCAAAGAUAGCAUCAACGCAUCUUCUAGGGUAUCGGAAACAUAAAAAAAUGUACAUUAUACAUUUUCCUAUGUAUGGAAUCUUACGGCCCACCCUGUACUGUGCUUUUUUAUCUCUAUUUUUACACCUGCACAUGUUUUACCAAUGUGGACUGAACAAAAACAUACUAGCAGCAUGUAGUAUUUUGUGAAAAGCAAUCCAUUCUGUUCAGCAUUUUUUGCUCCAACAUAUGGCAUCUCUACAACAGAAUGACAACCACAAGUCAGCAACAAUUCAGUUAUCUGUGACACAGAAAUUCAUUGAGGUUGUCGCUGCUGUUGGUGGAAUAUGUUGUCCAGUUGACAGACAUUCUGAGGGACAGAAUCACGUUGUUAGACAUCUAGAUUAUCUAACCUGUACUGUCUGAAAUGAGCUUUUAGAUGCCAACUGCUAGUUCUUGUUUUUCUCUUGACAUCAGUGUCAUUUGGAUAAAGCUGUAUUUUAGAGCUCUGUACAAUCGCUGGUCAAAGGAGUGUCUGUGUUCUGGUCACAGUAACUGAUCUUUGUCCUCUAAAGACACGACUGACCAUAGAUGAACUGUGGAUUAACUCAGUGAUGAAGCUUUUGUCACCAGUCGAACAGCUCGAUCCCCUCUGGUUUUAAAGCGGGUAUGGGGAAUGACCAGCAAUCCUUGGCCACAGGAUCUCAGAGAACGUUUUGGGUUGUAGAAAUUUAAAAUAUCAGAAAUAUAGGCUGGAGCUUGUCCAUUUAGAGCUCUAAAAGUGAUAACUAAAAUUUUAAAAUGAAUCCUAAAAUGAACUGGGAGCCAGUGAAGUUCUUUUAAAACGGAGGUGAUGUGAUCCCUUUUUUUAGUGCGGGUUAAGAGCCUUGCAGCAGAGUUCUGAACAGCCUGUAGGCGAUGAAGUUCUAUCUGGCUCAAACAAGUAAAAAGGCUGUUACAGUAAUCUAAGCGUGAAGAAAUGAAGGCGUGGAUGAUCAUUUCAAGCUCCGCUUUAGACACCAGAGCUCUCAGUUUAGAAAUAUUCCUUAGCUGGAAAAAGCAGUUUCUAAUUAAAUGUUUUGUAUGCUGCUCCAGAGACAAGGCAGAGUCAAAGACAACACCCAGAUUACGAAGACUAGACUGGAUGGACGAGCCUAAGGUGCCUAAGUGAUGCCUAAUCAAGGGGAUCCUAUUUUCUGGGGCAACAAUUAGUGUCUCCGUCUUAUCCAAGUUCAAUUGAAGAAGAUUUCCAGUUAACCACUGAUUUAUGCUGGUCAAACAGCUGGUUAAGGAAGACAGUUUGUGCAACUCAGUAUCCUUGAAGGAGCAGUGUAACUGGAUGUCAUCUGCAUACAGAUGGUAAGAAAUAUCCUUAAACUGACCAAUUAACUUCCCAAGAGGGAGAAUAUACAAUAAAAACAAAAUUGGUCCUAAAACCGAGCCCUGUGGUACCCCACAUGUCAGGUGUGCCGUUUCAGAGAGAAUCUGAUUAGCAAGGACACUAAAGCUUCUGUCAGAGGUAAGAUGUAAACCAUUUUAUGACAGAACCAGACAACCCUACCUGUUCAAGUCUAUUUAUCAUUAUGUUAUGAUCAACAGUGUCAAAAGCAGAUGACAGGUUCAAUAAAACCAGAACUGUGUAGUCACCAGUCAGCUGCCAUCAUAAUGUCACUGGAGACUCUGAUCAAGGCCGUUUCAGUAGAAUGAUUUCUGUGGAAACCCGACUGAAAUCUGUCAAGAACAUUAAAUUUUUCUAAAAACACAAUGAGAUUCUCUGCUACCACUUUUUCCAUUAUUAUAUACUGAUCCGUAUGCAUUUUUCUUUCUUAAGUUGUGGGAAUGUUUGUGGCUGUGGCUUAUUGAUCUGUUCCGUCAUAUCUGUUUUUAUUUUGUAUUAUCUUCUCGGACAUUUCACAUUGUUUACAUUACUUAAAAAUGUACUGCUUGGUCACCUGUAAAGUAUUUGGCUUUAUUCAAGUCAUAUUCUAAUUUGACACCAGAUUCAAACUCUUUUUUUUUUCAUAAUAAAGCUGCCUAGUCUUUAUUAGAUUAUUUAUUAGAAUUCUAAAUUAAUAUGAAAUGAUGUUUUUUUAGGAUGAGGGCGCCAUCUAGUGGACAAACAAGGUAAAAGCUGCGAUGAUCUUGCACUCCAACCAUAAUUUCACAUCUGGACUCAGGACUAGAUGUGAAAACCCAGUGAGAGGUCACAAGGGCUACUGCUUGAGAGUAGAAGAGCAGGCUGACAAAACUACCGAUGCAGAGGAGCGCACCAGGCGCAAAUACGCGCUCUAGAAAGACGAGGCAGCAAGAUACACGACGCAGGCCUGCAAACAACCAGCAGAAUACAACCAUGGGUACACUCAACGGACCUGUGGGACCCCUAGCAUGGUCCCCCAUGACCACAGAGUACCAGGAGAAGUUCCUCCCUCCCCAGCGGUACAAAACUAUCAUCACCACCUCAGGGAUGAAGGAGCCCUACCAUUCGCUGAAGGGCACGAGUGCAGAUAUCCGCACCUUAAGAUCCUGCUUCGUUGACCAAAACUGCCGUAAAAUCCCACCACAGGCCCCACAGCCUCCACAGCCUCUCAAAGACUACAGAAAGAGGGCCAGCAGCGUCACACGCCCUCCUGUUUGUACCAUGGCCCCCCAGAUGCCACCCAAGCAGGACUUUGUAACUGUGUAUCAAAGUGAUUUCCAACCUUGGGUGGUGAGCAAGCUGAAGCCACAUCGGCUGAAAGACAACUUCAACAUAAAGCAUGGAAUAGUUGCCUUGGAUUAUCCUCAUGAGCAAGAGAGAAGAUCCACAGCCAACUCUACUGGCGUCCCACAGGAUGUCUCCCACCCUGUGCAGCCCAGACCCAGCCAAGUUGAGCCACCGGAGCCGAGAGCAGCAUCCUUCCAACCAAAGGCGGCUUCACACAUAAACAAAGAACGUCUUGACAAAUCCAGUGACUUCUUUGACAAAUUCCAAUCCUGGUCCCUUGAAACCAAGUUCUACGGCCAACCCAAAGAGCCCGGUCAACCAGAACAUCACUGGUUUGUCCAAAUGACACACAAGUCCCACAGCACAAAGCCAAUUCUGCCGUCUGUGCAAACCAGCAUGAACAGUGCAUAACCCGUCCGUGGGAAUACCAUGAAGGAGGACUGUAGAGCUUGGAGUGCACCACAGGUCACGAAAAAACCUUCGAGCAGAUGUCCCAAACUAAACAACACUGCAGGCUCUAAUUCCAACUGUGACGCCACAAACAAACUUCCGUUUCCCAAGAGAAUGGAGUCUUUGCAGAGUUCGAGUCACUGCACUGAGAACGAAGUGACCUGGAUGUUCUGGUCCAGCUGUCUGGACACUGGAAAGACUGGAGGUGGCAGUUGUGUCGAGCCUCCUCGAAGCCACCACUGCCCAGUUUCCAGAAGAAACUAAAAGCGGCUAACAAGAUGUGGUGCUGCCACAGACUACCUCGGGUAGCUUCUACCCUUGCAUCAAUAAGAAGCCAUAAAUAGCAGUAAUAAUGUGUAAUGGCAGCUAUUUUUAUACGAGCAUCUGACUGACACAUCCCAUUUGAUUGUUAUAUAAUGAGCAAAAU